AAAGCUUAUUGUAAUCUGGUCACGCUGCUAGUUCGCCCAUCAGGCGGUUUAUUUUGUUGAUAAGAAAAAAGUUGUGGAGUAGCAUAAUAAUAAUGAAAAAAGUGCUGGUAACGGGCGGAACAGGCCUUGUGGGCAAAGCCCUUGAGGCUAUUAUCAAAGAGGAACAUCCCAGCGACGAGGAAUGGUUCUUUGCCGGCUCCAAAGAUGCGGAUCUAACGAAUCUGGCUGCCACGCAGACACUGUUCGAUAAAGUGCAACCAACGCAUGUGAUACACUUGGCAGCAAUGGUCGGUGGACUGUUUCACAAUAUGAACAACAAUCUGGAUUUCUUGCGCAACAAUUUGCUGAUCAACGACAAUGUGUUGCAAACCGCACACACCAAAGGCUGCACCAAGGUUGUCUCCUGCCUGUCCACCUGCAUAUUCCCCGACAAGACGAGCUAUCCCAUCGACGAAACGAUGGUGCACAAUGGUCCACCCCAUCCAUCCAACUACGGUUAUUCGUAUGCUAAGCGUCUGAUAGACAUACAGAAUCAUGCCUAUCAUGAUAAACAUGGACAUUUGUAUACGUCGGUGAUACCUUGCAACAUAUUUGGGCCACAUGACAACUACAAGCCCGAGGUUAGCCAUGUUAUACCGGGCAUGAUUCAUCGCAUGCACAAGCUGCGCACCGAGCAGCCGGAAAUCAGGGAGAGCGAUAAGAUCUUUACAGUGUAUGGCAGUGGGAAACCGUUGCGUCAGUUUAUAUACUCACUGGACUUGGCCAAGCUGAUGAUUUGGGUGCUGCGCAGCUACAACAGUGUGGAGCCCAUUGUGCUCAGCGUUGACGAGUCGUCGGAGGUUACCAUCUACGAGGUGGCUGAGGCUAUAGCCAAGGCGUUUAACUUUAAGGGUAAACUCGUCUGUGAUACGAGCAAGGCUGAUGGACAGUACAAGAAGACGGCAUCGAAUGCCAAAUUGCGAAGCUUAUUACCCGAUUUUCAGUUUACCGACUUUAAACAGGCCAUUGAUGCAUCUGUUAGUUGGUAUAUAGACAACUAUGAGCUGGCCAGAAACUGAUGACCCAUACACA